GGUAUGGCAAUUUCCUCCCAACCUAAAUGGGAAACGAAUUUAAUAUUGCUGAAAAGGAUUUAUAUCCUCUUUUAUAACGGCAAAAAUAGAGUAGCCUCACUUUUUCAGAGGUGACGGUGUCGUUCUCACACAGAAUAUUCAGAAUUACUUCAUCUUGUCCCGUAUGUUCUCCUUUCCUCUUUGUUUCCAUUCGCAGCUUUGCUAUCCCAGUUUCUCCAUUCUCUCAAUUCCCAAUUUUCAGAACAAAUUCCUAAAAAUUCUUGCAGCUUUGCAGCCAGCAUUUCUGCUAGUUAUGUUUCUUCAAUUUAUCAUCUAAGCACCAGUUUCCUCCAGUUCGACCAAUUCUGGUAACAUACACGUCAAAAUCGACAUACCCAGUACUUGUUUUCACCGACACUUCAGUCUUUUCCCGAGAAUUUAGGGUUUUUGUGAGGAUAUUGUUGCAGAGUUUUAAGGGUUUCGCGAGUAGCUCUGUUCUGUUCGACUGAUGAGUCUCUGCCUGUUUGGAUGGCCAGAGCUUCUUCAAGCCUUCUUUUUAACAUCUUUAUUCUUUUCGCAAUCAACCCUUGUUGGGGUUCGGAGGAUGACUUUUCAAUUAUAGAUUUCUAUUCAUUUCAUGGUGAUUAUACGCCUCCCUCUCCUCCGCCUCCUUCUUCUCCUCCUCACUCGCCAGCCUUAUCGUGUCAAGACGAUCUUAAUGGAACCGGGUCUUUGGACACCCUUUGUGAGCUCAAUUCUAGUUUGAAUCUCACAAAUGAUGUGUACAUAGAAGGAAAUGGAAGCUUAAACAUUCUUCCCGGUGUAAUUGUGAGCUGCCCUGUGGUCGGGUGCUCCAUUUCAGUUAAUGUUAGCGGAGAAUUUAAUUUGGGUCCAAAUGCGUCUAUUAUUGCAGGGACUGUGUCUGUGAGAGCUUGGAAUGCAAGCUUGCUUGAUGGGUCUGUGAUCAAUGUUACUGCCUUGGGGGGUUCACCCCCGGCGCAGACUAGUGGCACCCCCACGGGUGUCCAGGGUGCUGGAGGAGGGCACGGUGGAAGAGGUGCUAGUUGCUUAAUUGAUAAUACGAAGCUUCCAGAGGACGUAUGGGGUGGAGAUGCCUAUUCGUGGUCGUCCCUGGGUGAGCCGUGGAGUUAUGGUAGCAAGGGUGGGACGACAAGCAAAGAGGAGGAUUAUGGUGGUGGCGGUGGUGGGAGGAUUGGGUUUGACACUGUUAAUGCCAUUGAAGUUGAGGGAAGCCUUUUGGCUGAUGGAGGUGAUGGUGGACUCAAAGGUGGAGGAGGAUCAGGUGGGAGUAUCUACAUCAAGGCUCAUAGAAUGACAGGAAGUGGCACGAUAAGUGCCUCUGGUGGUAAUGGAUUUGCUGGGGGUGGUGGUGGGAGAGUUUCCAUCAAUGUUUUCAGCCGGCAUGAUGAUUCAGAAUUCUUGAUUCAUGGGGGAACGAGUCUUGGCUGUCCUGAAAACUCUGGAGCUGCAGGGACUUAUUAUGAUGCUGUUCCUAGGAGCCUUGUUAUCAGCAAUCACAACAUGUCCACAGAUACUGACACACUUCUUUUAGAGUUUCCUAAUCAGCCACUUUGGACAAAUGUUUAUGUUCAAAAUCAUGCUAAGGCAUCUGUUCCUUUGCUUUGGAGUCGAGUGCAGGUUCAAGGUCAGCUUCAUUUAUCACGUGGUGCAAGUUUGAGCUUCGGGCUUGCACAUUAUGCCUCAUCAGAGUUUGAGUUGAUGGCGGAAGAACUUUUAAUGAGUGACUCAGUAAUCAAGAUAUAUGGAGCUCUGCGGAUGAAUGUCAAAAUGCACUUGAUGUGGAAUUCCAAAAUGCUUAUAGAUGGUGGUGGAGAUGCCUUUGUGGCAACAUCCUUGCUUGAAGCGAGCAAUUUAGUGGUUCUUAAGGAAUCAUCUGUGAUACAUUCAAAUGCGAAUUUGGGAGUUCACGGACAAGGUUCAUUGAAUUUAUCUGGAACGGGAGAUCUGAUUGAAGCACAACACUUAAUUCUAUCCUUAUUUUAUGUUAUCAAUGUUGGGCCUGGAUCUGUUCUGCGAGGUCCACUGGAGGGUGCAAAUAAAAAUGAUUUGAAUCCACGGCUAUACUGUGAAUUCCAGGAUUGCCCAAUGGAACUACUUCAUCCACCUGAGGAUUGCAAUGUGAACUCUUCAUUGUCCUUCACUCUUCAGAUCUGUCGGGUUGAAGAUAUUAAUGUUGAAGGUAUCAUAGAAGGAUCUGUUGUUCAUUUUCACUGGGUUAGAACUGUGGCUGUUUACUCUUCUGGAGCAAUAAGUGCCUCUGGGUUGGGCUGCACUGGUGGAGUGGGUAGGGGAAAGGUUUUAAGCAAUGGCCUUGGUGGUGGUGGGGGCCAUGGCGGUCGAGGUGGUGAUGCGUAUUAUAAUGGCAGUUUCAUUGAUGGUGGUACUACGUAUGGGGAUGCUAAUUUUCCUUGUGAACUCGGUAGUGGGAGUGGAAAAGAUGGUCAUGCUGGUGCAACUGCUGGUGGUGGUAUCAUAGUGAUGGGUUCUGCGGAACACUCGUUAUCAAGUCUGUCCAUUGAUGGUUCACUUAGAGCUGAUGGAGAAACUUUUGGAGAAAAUAUCAGAAACCAAGAUGCUUGGACGAGUGCAAACAUAGGUCCCGGGGGUGGAUCUGGUGGAUCCAUUCUUCUUUUUGUUCAUACAUUGGUUCUUGGUGAUUAUUCAAUUAUUUCAACUGUUGGAGGACAUGGUUGCCCUUAUGGUGGCGGUGGUGGAGGGGGUGGAAGAAUUCACUUUGAUUGGUCAGACAUAUCAAGUGGGAAUGAGUAUUUGCCCAUUGCAAGCGUGAAAGGAAGCAUUUUUACUGGGGGAGGGCUUGGCAGAGGUCAGGGCCGUGAUGGAGGAAAUGGAACAGUCACUGGGAAAACAUGUCCGAAGGGACUGUAUGGGAUCUUUUGUCAGGAAUGCCCAGUUGGCACUUACAAGAAUGUCAGUGGAUCUGACAGAGCCCUUUGUCAAACUUGUCCUUAUGAGCUUCCACGUCGAGCUGUAUUUAUUGCUGUUCGAGGUGGUGUGGCUGAUACUCCUUGUCCAUAUGAGUGCGUUUCUGACAGAUACCACAUGCCGCAUUGUUAUACAACACUUGAAGAGUUGAUAUACACUUUUGGUGGGCCAUGGUUAUUUGGUCUUAUUCUCAUAGGCCUCCUUGUCCUGUUAGCUCUUGUGCUGAGUGUAGCGCGGACAAAAUAUGCCAGUGCAGAUGAGGAAUUAUCAGUCCUUGAGCCAAAUCGACGUGGCUCUCGAAUAGAUAAUUCCUUCCCAUUUUUGGAGUCUCUGAAUGAGGUUUUGGAAACAAAUAGGAUUGAGGAAUCCCAGAGUCAUGUGCAUAGAAUGUAUUUUAUGGGGUUUAAUACUUUCUGGGAACCCUGGCAUCUUCCUCAUUCACCUCCUGAUCAAGUAAUUGAAAUUGUAUAUGAGGAUGCAUUUAACAGAUUUGUGGAUGAGAUCAACGCUUUAGCUGCUUAUCAAUGGUGGGAAGGAUCAGUCCACAGUGUUCUCUCUGUUCUUGCAUAUCCACUUGCAUGGUCAUGGCUGCAGCUACGCCAAAAAAGGAAAAUGCAACAACUUCGUGAAUUUGUCCGAUCAGAAUAUGAUCAUGCUUGCUUACGUUCUUGCCGUUCGCGUGCUCUCUAUGAAGGCCUAAAGGUGUCUGCAACUUCCGACCUAAUGCUUGGCUAUGUGGAUUUUUUCCUUGGGGGGGAUGAAAAGAGGGCUGAUCUUCCUCCUCGUCUUAAUCAAAGACUUCCCAUGACCCUGGUUUUCGGAGGAGAUGGAAGUUACAUGGCUCCUUUCUCUCUUCAAAGUGACAAUAUUUUAACUAGCUUGAUGAGUCAGUCUGUCACUCCUACUACCUGGUAUCGACUGGUUGCUGGUCUAAAUGCUCAACUGCGCUUAGUUCGCUGUGGACAUGUAAAAGUAACUUUUGGUCCUAUUAUCGGCUGGAUUGAAACACAUGCAAACCCUACUUUAAGGACAUAUGGUGUGCGUGUUGACCUUGCUUGGUUCCAGCCUUCUGCUUGUGGUUAUUGCCAGUUUGGACUUCUGGUAUCUUCUAUUGAAGUCGAACAUGUGCCACCUACUGUUGGGGAUCUAGAUGGAUCUUUGCUAUUUGAGCAACAGUCAUGUUUGUCCAGUACUCAUAUGCGGAGAGCUGUGGAUAAUUUGAAAGUCAGUGAACAUUUAACAACACAUAAAAGGCUAUUUGGGGGGAUUUUACAUGCUAAGAGCUUGCAAAAGCUUGGAGAGAGGAAAUCUAUAUGUUACCCGUUCUCUUAUAUAGUUCAUAAUACUAAACCUGUCGGACAUCAGGAUCUUGUUGGUUUGCUCAUCUCGAUGCUACUUUUAGGAGAUUUUAGCUUAGUGUUGCUUACUUUGCUUCAGCUGUAUUCUAUUUCCCUGGUGGACUUUCUUCUAGUUUUAUUUAUUCUUCCUCUUGGCGUCCUAUUUCCAUUCCCAGCUGGCAUCAAUGCUUUAUUUAGUCAUGGACCUAAGCGAGCGGCUGGUCUUGCACGCAUGUAUGCCCUGUGGAAUAUCUCGUCCUUGAUUAAUGCUGUGGUUGCCUUUAUAUGUGGAUUCCUUCAUUAUAAGUCCCAGUCGUCAAGUAAAAAGCAUCCGAACUUUCAGUCCUGGAAUUUUAGCAUGGAUGAAAGUGGAUGGUGGAUGCUUCCUUGUGGACUGGUGCUUUGUAAAAUUAUCCAAGCACAACUGAUCAAUUAUCAUGUGGCUAACCAAGAAAUUCAAGACCACUCACUGUAUAGUAAUGAUCCCAAUAUGUUCUGGCAAUAAUGAAGACUUUCAUUGACCACAUACAGCAUCAGACAAUACUACAGCAGUUGGGCAAUGGGGUGGAACUUUGAGAUUGUUUUUUGAUUUCUGGCGGGAGCUCAGAAAUUUGUCUUCAACCAGCAAACAGCGAGAAUUGAUCUAGUCAACAGCAGACAUAGAAAUCAGCUGCCCCUGUAGAAAAUUCCUGGUCAGGCCUAUUGCAUAGAACUUUUGGGUAUUUUUGAGGAAUUACGAAAUGAUCUCAUUAAAGUUCCAAAUCAGGCAACUGCCCCUUCGAUUCCUUUGUGAUUGUACAGUCAGUUUGAAGAGUUCAAAAUUUACAAAUUUGUCAGCUGGUUGCUUUUUUCUGGAGGUGAAAGAGAAGUAUAGUUUUUACAUAUGUGAUUUCAAGGAUUCUGAUGUUCCAAUACAUACUACUAGAUAGGAGUGUAUAAUGUCAAAGAGUUCAGACAACUUAGCAUUGCUCUAACCACUGUGGGUUAAAAUGUUGUUGUAAUAACAAACCAGCACCUUGUCUGAAGUUUUUUAAUAGGCAAAAGUGUGGUUUUGUUUGUCAAUAUUGUUCAGAACUUUGAAUUUGCUUUUUAUGAUUUAUAUGGAUGAAAUUAAGUUCCGUUUUUAUCA